AUGGCCGAUUCAAAUUCAAAUUCAAAUUUAUUUGGGCUCAAGGAUGAUAGUGGAAAUAAAAUGGAGCAACAACCAGACACAAAAUUGGUUGAAGAGACUGUUGCAGUGGCGAUGUCGGAGACAACUUUCCGAUUCUUCGUGCUAAAUGCUACAAAGACUACUGUUCGAAGCAAUCCAUAG